AUGAAAUUCUCAACACUUGUCUCGAGCCUCAUGGCUCUGGCCCCUUUCUCGGCCGCUGCCGAGAUCGUCAAACGGGCGACCCUCACUCAGGUUACCAACUUUGGUUCCAACCCAUCGGGCGCGAGAAUGUUCAUCUAUGUCCCCGACAGGCUGCAGCCCAAUCCAGCCAUCCUGACCGCCGUCCACUACUGCACUGGGACGGCCCAAGCCUUCUACACCGGCACUCCAUAUGCCCGCCUUGCCGACCAGUACGGCUUCAUCGUCAUCUACCCCGAGUCACCCAACAGCGGAGGCUGCUGGGAUGUCUCGUCCAGAGCCAGCCUGACCCGCAACGGCGGCGGCAACAGCAACAGCAUUGCCAACAUGGUGACCUACACUAUCUCCCAGUACAAUGCCGACCGCAACCGCGUCUUCGUCGCCGGCACGAGCUCUGGCGCCAUGAUGACCAAUGUGCUGGCCGCCACCUAUCCCGACCUGUUCAAGGCGGCCAGUGCCUAUGCCGGUGUCCCCGCGGGCUGCUUCUACACGGGCACCGUGGCUGGGUGGAACUCGACCUGCGCCAACGGCCAGUCCAUCACGACCCAGAGUGCCUGGGCUCAGACAGCGUUGGACAUGUAUCCCGGCUACACUGGUCCUCGCCCCAGGAUGAUGAUCUAUCACGGCUCGGCAGAUACCACCAUCUAUCCCCAGAACUUCAACGAGACGCUGAAGCAGUGGGCUGGCGUCUUCGGCUACAGCUACGGCCAGCCGCAGCAGACCCUCCCCAACAACCCCUCGGCCGGAUACACCAAGUACGUGUACGGCCCCAACCUGGUCGGCGUCUACGGCACGGGAGUCACCCACAACAUCCCCGUCAACGGCGCCCUCGACAUGGAGUGGUUCGGCAUCACCGGCGGUGGCUCAACCACGACCACCAGCACGGUUGCCCCUAGCACAACUCGCAUCAGCACCACCACGUCGUCUUCCAGAAUUAGCAGCAGCUCGAGCACCACUACUACCUCGACUCCUUCCAGCUGCACGGCGCCUCGUUGGGCACAGUGCGCCGGUAACGGCUACACGGGGUGCAGGACUUGCGCUAGCCCCUACAAGUGCACAUACCAGAAUGACUGGUACUCACAGUGCCUUUGA